AUGUCUGCUAUCCGAUCUUCCUUCAUUCGAGCUGCCACCAAGGCUGGCCGCAGAGCCACCCCUUCUGUUAUCAGCAGACAAGCGCUCCGUGCUUUCACCACCACCCCUCAAGCCAACGAUUAUGAGGCUAUCCACGAGAAGGAAAUUCCUGCAACCAAGUUUCAACCUGGUUCUGGACCAGAAAGAGUAACAAUUCCAGUUGAAGAAGCUUCAGCAGCAGCAGCAGCAGCAAAGGAGGUCGUUGACGUUGUCACACCUCUCACACAAAGUGCAUACAAAGGAAUGACUCCAACUAUGCAAAAAAUGAGUCUGAUGGGCAAGGUCGUUGUUGUCACUGGUGGAGCCAGAGGUCUUGGAAACCACAUGGCCCGUGCCUGUGUUGAGGCUGGAGCCAAGGCUCUUGUUAUCUUUGAUGCAAACCAAGAAUUGGGAGAUGCAUCAGCUGCUGAGUUGUAUGAACUCACUGGAAACAAGAUUCCAAUCUCUUUCUUCAAGGUUGAUGUUCGUGAUGCCGAUGCUAUCGAGUCCGCUGUCAACAGUGUUGUUGCGGAGCAUGGUGCUCCCGACGUUCUCAUCAACUCCGCCGGUAUUGCCGACUCUAACAUCCCCGCCGAAACCUACGACCACAACAUGUUCCGCCGAUUGAUUGAUAUCAACCUUACUGGAUCUUUCCUCAUGUCCCAAGCCGUCGGAAAGGCCAUGAUGGCCGCUGGCAAGCCUGGUUCAAUCGUUCUCGUUGCCUCGAUGUCUGGCUCCAUUGUCAACUACCCACAAGAGCAAUCAUGUUACAAUGCCUCCAAGGCUGGUGUCGUUCAACUCGGAAAGUCCCUCGGUGCCGAGUGGGCUAAAUACAACGUUCGUGUUAACAUGAUCUCUCCUGGAUACAUGGACACUGCUCUUAACAACGUCCCUGCCCUUGAUGCUCAAAAGGUCAUCUGGAAAUCUCUCACCCCACAGAACCGCCUUGGUGCUGUUGAUGACCUCAAUGGUCUCGCUGUAUUCCUUGCUUCCGAUGCAUCCGCCUUUAUGACCGGAUCCAACGUCAUCAUCGAUGGUGGCUACACUUUGUAUUAA